AAUAAUUUCUAGGGUACUCACAGCGAAAUGAAAGAUGAUUAUCCAAGAAGAUGCAGAUUUAAAAAAAGAAAAAUUCGAUAUCAACGAGAUUUGCCGUUGUGAUGAGCUUUCAAAGUUUUACAAGAAAGCUACGCACUGUGUGUACCCUCCAAUCAGAUAUCAAGACAAGGAUUUCAAACUAGAGCCAUUCGAGGUAAAACUAGAGCCCCUAACCUGUAACAGUUGCUCCACCUCCUUGUACACACAUGAUACAGAUGAGAUACAACUUACGGGGGGAGAAGACCCUGUUACCCCGCUAUCUCCUCUCUUUUCCGAGUCUUCUUUCUCCGUCCUUUUGGAUCAUCUGAAACGGUCUGUGAAGGUUUGCCACCUGCCGAGUAAUGUUCAUCAGGAGAGUCUGAGAGGAGUUAUGAGCAUGGCCGGUCCGGUAAUUACUCUCAAUUACAAUCAUCAGACUGGUCAACACAUGCAAUACUGGUUGUGUGAGUACCAAUGUGAACGUGACGUCACAGUGGCCUGCCGGAAGCUCAACGGGUUCCCCUGCCACGGGACCAACCUCAAAGUGAUCCCUGCUCUGAAAAGUAAAGCUGGUCUAGAGGUUGUGGAGAGGACAUCCCGAACAUCCCGAACAUCUUCCACCUCCAAACCAGUCAGAUGCAGGGUCUGCGAGAAGACCUACACUAAUUCCACUGACUUAAAAAUGCAUUUGCUGCUCUCCCACUGUCUGUACAUGAACAAGAAACCAGCCCGGACCCCUCUCAUGAAAGGCAAAGUAUUUAGAAAGAGACCAUGUUCAAAUACACAACCUACGGAGAAGACACGUGAGGUUCUGAAUGUGAAGCAGUGGGUAGAAGGACGACCCCACCGUAACCCUGACUACACCGACCCACAGGACUAUGUGCUAGACUCUGUUAUUGGUAUCAGUGAGGGGAAUGAGAAACUUGGCUUCAUUCCAAUAGAUCACAUGUACGCUGACAUCAGCAAUGUGGUGAGAGGAACAGUGCCCAAUUCAGUGCUCAACGGACCUGAUGCUAUCACAUUCCACCCUAGUAUGGUGUGCCUGAUGAAGCAUGACACUAAGUCGAAGUAUGUACCAGUGGAGCACUCUUACUGCACCCUGGACCCUCAAGUACUCUGGUGCUCCGUGUGUGGGAGACAGUACAACUCUUUAGAAUCACUUAACAACCACCUCCCAGUUCACUUUAAGAAGAAGGGCGAGAAGGGUCAGGAAAGUGCGCAGAUCAACAGAAAGAGAAAGCUGAAACGAGCGCCAAAAGACGAGGUGUUCACAUGUAAAAUGUGCUGUUCUGAGUUUAGCACCAAGUCUACGUUCAUUGCACACGUGACUGCUCAUGAGAAUGACGAUGAGAUGGAGGUGGUUCACCACAAAUGCAAGUACUGUGAUAUAAAAUUUACUUCUUCUGAUAAGAUGGUAUUACACCAGGCUCUACAUGAGUGUGAUACGUGCAAAGAGAACUUUGUUUGUCUCGAUGAAGCUCAAACCCAUCGAGAUUCCCACUUCUUGCUUGACAAAGCAAAGUGUUGUUGUGAAAUUUGCGGGAAGAAAUUCUUGGAUGCCAACGACUUUCAGGAGCAUCUAAUGAAGGAAAACCAUCCAAUCACUAAGCAGUCUCGGCGGAUACUCAGUAUUCCCAGACAUGCUGAACACUUCAACGAUUUUCCUUUUGAAGCGAGAAAUGAAGAGUUUCACUGCCUCAAGUGCUCAAAAACAUGCGAAAGUGAUUUAGAGCUGUACUCUCACAUGGGAUUCCAUUUCGUGUACAAAACAAUUCCACCCCCAUACGUACUUCCACCAGAGGUCGAAGAGGUUAGCCAAACAUCCGAUGAAUCUCCUGUUAAAGACUACUCACCAGUCAAGGUCAGAAUACCGCUGUCAACCAUCUUGAAAGCCACUGCGCUGUCCAGUCCUGUUAAAGAGAAACCAGUUGAAGCUACUGAACCUGUCCCUGGUUCAAAGAUCUGUGCUAGAUGUACUAAAAAGUUUAAAUCUUACAGGGCAUUGUGUGCUCAUUUCCGUUUUUGUAAGAACAAGCCUAUACCUGAUGGUAUUGUCCCGGCUGCCGAAGUUGAAGCUAAGACACCAACCAAGGAGCCUAUCAAGAGCCCACCUCUGAACUUCAAGUGUAUCAAAUGUGAUUUGGGUUUUAUAUCUGAAUUUCUCCUGAAGUCUCACAUCAACAUGGUCCACCAGAAUGAAGAAAAGGCUCGUGUUAAGGUCGGGAAAGCCAGGAAAUCAGCCGUGAAGUUGUUCAAGUGUAAUGAGUGUGAUAAAACGUUUGCUCAGGAGCUUGGUUUGAAAGCCCAUAAUGCUGCCGCCCAUUUCGAUUUAAGCAGUACAAAAACUAUCGAGCCAAAGAAAAAUUCUCUUUCGUCACUGAAGAAAGUAUUAGAAAUUUCUUCAAACUUGAAGAAAAGCCGCGAUGAAGAUGUUCACAAAGAAACACCUAUAGAGGAGGCGAAACCUACAGAAUCUGUAUUAAAAACUGUACCCACGCCAGUAAAACCACGUGGUGUACUGAAAUCCCCUCCUUCUCACGAACCAUCAGGAAUAAUCCGGGCCAGGAAAACCGCUGCAAAGCUCUUCAAAUGUAAGACUUGUGACAUCCGUUUUGGAAGCAAAAGAAUUCUUGCGUUCCACAUGCAGCAACAUGCUGAGGGCAAAAUAAAAGGAACAGAAAAACCUGAAAAAGGAAGUCUUAUUGGAAUCCUUGAGAAACAUGAUCCUCCAGAGAAGAAUCAGAGUAUGGAAAUGAGGAAAGAUAGCUCAGACUUUGUGAGGGAAGAAAGGGCUAACGAUGAUAUUCCAUUGUCAGUACUGAAAAGUAGGAAGGUUGCUAAAAAGACCAUCAUCAAGAAAGUGUUUGAAUGUGAUAUUUGUGAUGAGCUCUUCACGAAACGCUCUCAGUACAUUGGACAUAUCAAGUCACACACAAAUGACCCUGCUGAAACUUUAUCGGUUUCAGAAGAAGAAGAAGAAGUAGAAGAGGAAGAAGAGGAAGAGGAACAAGUAGUGGAAAAGGAAGAGAGUCUGCUAAGUAAUGAUUAUUCGACCCCUAGUGAGACGACUGAUUGCAUGGAAGUUUCAGUUCCUCUACCUCUGCACAACAACACCGACAUUAUCCCUGCAGAUGCUAUCUUCUACGUUGAUGACGACAAAUUAGAUGGUCUAAUGGAUGAAUCAUCACAGCCGCUCAGUACUUCUGUUAACGAAGCUGACACCACCGCCAGCUCCAUGUUCACCAACGGAGACGCUCCAGUGGAGGAGGUUAAAACUUGUAACAUCUGCAAGAAACAGUUCCUGGCCUGGAGCACCAUCUGUGCGCACAUGUCCACCCACCCCAACUAUACCUUCAGAGACGUGACCGUUGACUGGAAGUCCAUGUUCAACCCUUUGUUUGAGUGUGUGAUAUGUCAGGAGAAGGUCCAUUCUGUUGCUCACUGUUACCUCCACUACAAGUUCCACGUCUUGGAGCACAGUUCCACCGCUGUUAUCAGUCACCUGGACAUCUCCGCUGAGGGGGAAAACUCUCUGAUAUUCAAGUGCACUGUCUGUGGUAACACGUUUGAUAAGAUAGGAACCCUUCACACACACAUGAAGGUUCAUGUUCCACGUGUUGGUUUUAAUGACCCCACCCAGAUUAUAACCGAUCCAAGUCAUGAGAAAUGUGAGAUUUGCUUGAGAGUUAUAACUCCUAAAUCUAAGAGACGGCACUAUGAAAUCCACAACCAGGCCCUGAAGCACUUCUGCGAGAUCUGCCACGAGGAGUUCCCAAACCAGAAGGGCUAUGUUGUCCACUACUACACUGCUCAUAAAACUGACUUCGAGAACGAACUGCAGUUAACUGCAUCAGCUACUAACAACGGGAGGAGCCAGGUCCCCAACGGAGCUCACUCUGCUACAGCUGACUUCCACUGCACCUACUGCAGAUCCUCCUUCCUCUCCCUAAAAUCCAAACGUAAUCACGAGUACAAACACAAGAAAAACAUCUUCAAGAUUCCGUGUGUGUUUACAAACUGUCUCCUUAGCUUCCAAACUGCUGAAGAGCUUAUCUACCACGUAGACAAAGUCGGUCAUGCAACAGGGAAUCAGACCAUUUCAUGUUCCAAAUGUGAGGCUAAGUUUAUGUCCACUCCCCCGAAGGUCCAGCAUGAGAGAACUGUUCACGGAAUAGAGUGCAGUGAUAGUGUUUCUUCAUUUGUGGCACCGCAGCAGGAUUCAAACCAGUUGAAGUCACCCAUCAGGGUUGAAGCUCCUUCGGUGAACUGUAAGGUUUGCAGCAUGAGCUUUGGUACAAUUGAGAAGCUGAACUUUCACGAGGCUUACGAGCAUCUAGAGCAGAAUGACAACAAUAUAAACAUAAAAGUUAGGGUUGAUAAGAACACAAGUUGCACAAAUUCAGAGGAAUUCUCCUGCAUGGUAUGUUGUGUAAAAUUCGGCUCGUAUUCCGAACGCUGGCUUCACGAAGAGGAUUACGAAAAACCGGGCAGUUACCGGUGCAUGGACUGUGGAUUGGACUACAAAACAAAACACCAGAAGGCUGGUCAUGAGUGCAACACUAGAGCUUCUACUCCGGAUGCCUCUGGAGAUUUGAGUUCUUGUGGGAAGCCCCUGGUUUGCUUCAACCAGAGGAAGUGUCAUGCUUGCAACAAGUUGUUCGCAGACAAGGAGAGCUUCAAGUAUCAUGUGAGGAAACAUUGGUACCGCUGUUUCAGUUGCCACUAUGAUUUCUGCUCAAAGAAAAGCAUGAAAGCUCACUUGAAACUCCAAAAGUGUUUUCAUCCUAAAACACAAGGUUUUGAGCGAGUAUUUGAGGAGCUGCUAGUGGAAUGUCUGCUAUGUUCUGAAGUCUUAUCUCUAAACGACCACAUUAACCUACACUUCCUUGAGCACACAAUCAAAGAAAAUGGUAAAUACGACAUGUUCAUCUGCCUCAUGUGUGGCGCUCCUUACAAGAUCAUAGAACAGCUUCAAGAGCACAUGAGGACUGAAGGAUACUUCCUGAUGUGCAGAGAAGCUCCUCACCUCAAGGACCUUGAUCUGAGUAGCUACGACAGCAACAACCAUUCUGAGAAUGAUUCUCAGAAAGAGGGUGGGGAGGUUGUGUCUCAAAACUCAGUGUCACAUCAUUGGGGUUGCCCCUUUUGUUCUACAACUUAUCAGAACUACAAGUCUGCAUGGAGUCACAUUAGGUCUUAUCACAAGUCUGUUGGGGUUCCGUUUAAGUUGGAUGGCAGUGAAAAUGUUGAGACAAGCGUAAAUACGAGUGCGGGUCAGAGCAAUGUGAAUCUAAAUACUACUCAGCAAAAAGACCCCACAACUACUGUACCAACAAUGCACCCGCCCACCACACCAACACCUCCAACUGCACACGAAGCUGUUGUCAAACCCAAACCGGAACCUCUACCACAAGAUUCCACCAGCUCUACCAGCUCUAGCAGCUCUCAUGAGAUAAACAAAGCAAGGUUCUUACUAAACGAACUGCUUCACAAGAGCCACGAGAUGGAUUGUAGCCGAAAUAAGCCACCACAGAAGGAUACUGAUCCCUUGCUACCUCGUCCUGCUCCUCUUAACAACCCUGAAACUGACAUCCGUUUAGAUAUCAAGAAGACUCCUGAUCGAACAAGAAAUGAGAGUGAGAGUUCUGUUUCAUCAGGCAGUAUCAAGAAGGCAGCUCAAAUCACAAGCCCAGAAGCAGCAGCUAAAACAGCUGGUCUAAUCGCCCAGUUUCUACGAGGCCCCGGUUCAGCCCCCGGCCCACUCCUCCCAACCCCCAAAACAGCGCCAUCCCGACACCCUAUCCUCAACGGACAUGGUUCCAGACCUACCCUGAGGUCACCAGGAUCCCUCCAGUACAGGGACUUUAUUAACUCCCGUCCUCACCUCCAUAACAGCUCCAGACAAAGUAACAGCUCCAGGAACAGCAUCAGUCCCCCUGUAAGCCGGUCUGGAGCUUACCCUCCUCCUGCUUACAAACAAAACCCGCCGUACAGACCCCACCAAAACGAGAACAUGCGGAGAAACCACGGUCCCGGAGCUAACAACAACAACAACAACAACAACAACCAGCAAUUUACCCAGGGGAGCAGAGUGAACAGCGGGAACCGGGCCCCUCACCGGGCCUUCUCCCAAACCCUGCCCCACUAUAAUAACGGGUACACUUCCAACAAGCGGAUGAGGUUUGAUCAUCCGUCUCCCUACACUCAGCAACACUACCGGAACCAACCCAACGGAGGAGAACAUUACCGACCAGCAUCUACCAGCAGCGUGGUGGAGCACCCCACCUCGGAACAGCACUCCACCUGGCAGAAUGAGGUGACGUCACGGAACAACAACAACUCUAACACCUCCGGAGCUAAGACUCUGGCUCACAAGUGCACGUAUUGUCAGAGGAUUUUUAAGAAUUAUGUGAAUGUGUAUAAUCAUCUGGAGAGGAAUCACAUGGAUGAGAUAGCGUAUCGUAACCAUGGUAACGGUAGUCAGAUUAAACCUAUUAGUACUUUUGAUGGUAGGAUGACAGUUUGGUCUCUGACAUGAGGGGCAAUUAACUAGGGAUAAUUAGUUAAUUAAGUGUUCAGUGUUUACAGGUUGUUUAUUAUAGUGCUGUGGUGCUCAUUUUGUUAGUACUAGAUCUUAUUUUGACUGCAAAUUUGUUUUCGGCAAUCAUUGUUAAAUACAUAUCCAUGGAAACUUAGAAUGAAUCGUUCUUUGAUUUGAACGGAAUUUGUAAACGCAUUAUCCACGUUUCCUUCAAAUGGGAUAUGUGAUAUCUCGGUCUCGACCUGUUGACUGCACUGGGUAAUUAAUCAAUUAGUGAACACUGAACACGCUUUAAUUAUUUAAGUAGCUAAUUCAUUUUAUAGACAGCCAGACCCAUGGAGUUUUAUUACUUUUAUUUUCUUAGAGAGUAUUGCAGUAUUUAUUAUAACCACGUGCCCCUUAUUUGAUCUAUACUGUCUAAAAUCAGCUGAUGUAUACAGUUUUACAACCUCUUAUUAUCUAGAAAUACCUUCUUACUGACAUUAAAGUAUUGAUUUUAUAUGGUUGAGAAGCAGCUAGAUGGAUUCAAAGCUUUAUCACGAGUGUGGUAAUUACUGUAAUUAGUGUGGUAUAAUUGCCAGUAAUUACCAGUAAUUACCAGUAAUAACUGUAACUUGCGAAACUAUAUUUUCUAUACUACUCAGUUUAACUAUUUAAGAU